CGUCGCAAUAAUUUGGGGAACCCUAAAAACACAGCAUUUUUCUCUUUUCAUUUUAUAUUUUUAUUCCCUCAUUUUCUCUCUCCGUCGUCGCUUACCCCUCGACCUCGGUGUUGCAAUCCUAAAAUUAUACUCUCUCGCCGUCAUCAGGCAGCACCUCUAUCCUUUCUUCCGCCGUUUCUGCUAUUUCUACUUUCCACCUUUGUGGUCUUCCUUCUUUCUUCCGUCAUUUCCUUUUCCUUUAUUUGUACCCUAAAUGAAAACUUGAAAAGCUGCUCAUAAGGGAUGACCCACUGCUGUCAGCCCUAGAAUCAGCCGUCUCACUUCAUUUGCUUCACCCUUCUUUCUCCAUUCAAAUCCCGAAAUUCAAAGGAAUUAGUGAGAAGGGAAAUGAAGUAAUGAAUCAAAGGAAUUUCUGGCAUCGUCGUGUGGUCUCCCACCGUUGGCUUUUGAUGCUUGGUUAAGCAUUUUAGAAUCAGAAAAAUGGAGCUGCAGAUGAAGGUGGCGCAGGCAGUCCAUGUGCUGAAUCACGACACUGAAUCUUCUAACCGCGUUGCAGCCAAUCAGUGGUUGGUUCAAUUCCAGCAGACUGAGGCAGCCUGGGAGGUCGCCACCUCCAUUCUUACCUCCGAUCAUCAACCUUUUCCCUCUGAUUUUGAAGUGGAAUUUUUUGCGGCUCAGAUUCUCAAACGGAAGAUCCAGAAUGAAGGGUAUUAUUUGCAGUUAGGAGUUAAAGAUGCUUUGCUUAAUGCCCUUCUUGUGGCUGCUAAAAGGUUAAGUUCGGGACCUCCACAGCUUUUAACCCAAAUCUGCCUUGCACUAUCUGCUCUUAUACUUCGUUCUGUUGAGCAUGGGAAACCUAUUGAGCAGCUGUUUUAUAGUCUACAAAAUCUGCAGACCCAGAAUGAUGGGAUUGUUGCUGUACUUGAGAUGCUCACUGUUCUACCGGAAGAAAUUGUUGACACCCAAAAUACUGAAAUAAGUGCAUCCCACAGAAACCAGUAUGGCCAAGAGCUUCUUUCUCAUACUCCCAUGGUUGUAGAAUUCCUACUCCAACAAUCUGAAAAUAAGUUUCAAUGUGGCCUGCAGCCAAAUGAAAGGAACAGAAAAGUUCUCCGAUGCUUACUCAGUUGGGUUCGAGCUGGGUGCUUCUCUGAGACUCCUGAAGGUUCAUUUCCAACACAUCCACUGCUUAAUUUUGUAUUCAAUUCACUGCAGGUAUCCUCUUCAUUUGACUUGGCCAUCGAAGUUCUUGUUGAACUAGUGAGUCGUCAUGAGGGGCUUCCUCAAGUUUUGCUAUGUAGAGUACCUUUUCUUAAAGAAAUGCUUCUUUUACCUGCGCUUACUGGGGGAGAUGUGAAGGUGAUUGCUGGCCUUGCAUGUUUGAUGUCCGAAAUUGGGCAGGCUGCACCAUCGUUGAUUGUAGAGGCAAGUGCUGAGGCACGUGCACUGACAGAUGCUCUGUUGAGCUGUGUGGCUUUUCCCUGUGAAGACUGGGAUAUUGCAGACUCAACUUUGCAAUUUUGGUCUAGUCUUGCAAGCUAUAUACUUGGCCCUGAUGUUGAUGGUACCAAUAAAAAAAAUGUCGAAGGCAUGUUUUUUUCUGUAUUCUCAGCAUUACUUGAUGCUCUUUUGCUACGUGCUCAGCUGGAUGAAUCUACAUUUAGCGAUGAGAGUAGAACUUUCGACUUGCCUGAUGGUCUUGUCCAAUUUAGGAUGAAUCUCGUUGAACUUUUGGUGGAUAUAUGUCAGCUACUACAACCUGCUACAUUUGUACAGAAGCUUUUCUUCAGUGGUUGGUUUUCCACAAACGUGGCAAUACCUUGGAAAGAGGUUGAAAUCAAAUUGUUUGCCCUCAAUGUGGUUUCUGAUGUAGUUCUGCAAGGAGGCCAAACUUUUGAUUUCUCAGUGGUUAUGCAGUUGGUUACAGUGCUGUCUUCCUGGCCUUCUGAUGACCUCAAGGGAUUCAUGUGCAUUGUUUACAGAUCAGUGGCAGAUGUUAUUGGUUCCUAUUCCAAGUUGAUAUCUACCCUGGAAACUAAUGCUAGACCUUUACUAUUAUUUCUUGCUGCAGGGAUUUCAGAACCUCUCUCCUCAAAUGCUUGUGCCUCUGCCCUCCGUAAACUUUGUGAAGAUGCUUCUGCUGUGAUGUAUGAGCCAUCAAAUUUGGAUAUCUUUAUGUGGAUAGGAGAGGCUUUGGAGAAGAAGUGUCUUCCUUUGGAAGAUGAAGAAGAAGUUGUUACUGCAAUCAGCCAAGUCCUUGGUUAUGUUUCCAACAAAGAGCUGCAGAACAACUUGUUGUCUAAAUUGCUAUCAUCUAGCUAUGAUGCUAUUGGGAAACUUAUUGAGGAUGAUAAUAACCAUUCUUUAAGACAGAAUCCAGCUGCUUAUACACAAAUUUUGGGCCUUGCAACGAGAGGGCUGCACAGGAUGGGAGUUGUCUUCAGUCAUCUAGAAAUGCCUCUGCUGUCCGAGGCUUCUGCUGAUAAUCCCAUCAUUGCUGUAAUUAGGGUUUUUUGGCCUAUGCUGGAGAAGCUUUUUAGAUCAGAACAUAUGGAGAACAGUAGUUUAUCUACUGCAGCUUGUCGUGCUCUUUCGCUGGCAAUUCAAUCGUCAGGGGAGCACUUUGAAAUGCUUCUGCCCAAGAUAUUAGAUUGCUUGUCUACAAACUUUUUGUCAUUUCAAGGUCACGAAUGCUACAUCAGAACUGCUUCUCUUGUUAUCGAAGAGUUUGGUCUCAAAGAGGGGUAUGGUCCUUUGUUCAUUAGCACGUUUGAACGAUUUACUCGAGCAUCUUCAGUAAGGGCCCUAAAUUCUUCGUAUGUAUGUGACCAAGAGCCCGACCUAGUAGAGGCGUACACAAAUUUUGCAUCGACAUUUGUUCGUAGUUCUCGUAAGGAAGUGUUGGCUGCAUCUGGUGCUCUUCUAGAAAUUUCUUUUCAAAAGGCAGCUAUAUGCUGCACUGCUAUGCAUCGCGGGGCAGCACUUGCAGCUAUGUCAUACUUAUCUUGUUUCUUGGAAGUUGGUCUGGCGUCUUUGUUGGAAUCAAUGACCUUUUCUCCUGAAGGAUCAUUUGGGGCCACAUCAAUUCAGGUUAUUUCCCAUAGUGGGGAGGGACUUGUAUCAAAUAUAGUAUAUGCUUUACUUGGUGUCUCAGCAAUGUCACGGGUCCACAAGUGUGCGACAAUAUUGCAGCAAUUGGCUGCAUUUUGCUGUUUGAGUGAGAGAACAACCUGGAAGACCGUUCUUUCUUGGGAAUUCUUGCAUUCAUGGUUACAAGCAGCGGUGCAGGCUCUUCCUGCCGAUUAUCUGAAGCAGGGAGAAGCUGAAACGCUAGUGCCAGUUUGGUUGAAGGCCCUUGCCGGUGCUGCCUCAGAUUAUCUCGAGAGCAAGAGCUCCAAUGGAAGGACAAGCGAUUACGGUUACAUGCAAGGGAAAGGAGGGAGAAUGCUGAAACGAGUGAUCCGAGAGUUUGCAGAUAGUCACCGCAAUAUCCCGAAUUUCACUUGACUGCAACCCAUAGAUAAAAAGCAUGUGUUGCCUGCAGCUUUCGACAUUAUUUGCUCGAAGCAUUUGUUACUGCCAUAAAAAGGGAAUGUAAUUAUCUGGUUAUUGAAGCUCAGUCAAUUCUGGGACUGGGAGUUACCAUUGAAAAGUAAAGGCUACUUCUUGUACAGCUUAUUGGCCCCUGCCCCCAAUUUUGUUAGACCAAUUAUAAAGUGAGAUUAGGACAUUGGGCGAGAGCAUUUGAAAAUGGGAAUUAUUACUGCCCUACUUUUCUCUCUUUUAUUUGCGCCAGAGAAAUACAUUGUACUUAAAAAGGGAUGUAACGUAACCAUUGAUUUCAAUUUUCUUGACUCGAAAACAUUGUCAGAUUAAUAAUACAAAUUAUAAUUAUUCAUUUA